GGACAUUUUUUACAUGCAUUUAUUUCAUUAUGUAAUUUCUGAUAUAUUAUUUAAUUUGAAAAGUGAUAAAUUUAAAUGAAUUUAGCAUGAUAAGUGUUAUAAAAACGGCAGACUACAGAGUGUAAGAAAGCAAAUCUAGUAAUAUUCUUUAAGCUCGGAAGUUUUUUCCAAGAGGCAAGUUUCAUCAGAUUUUGAAACCUGUUCUCUAAUCAUUGUAAUGAUUGAACAGUUGAAAAUAUCGAAUGAUGGAAUGCAUUCGACGACUUUCAGUUACAAUUACUGAAGAUCUUCUUAUUUACUUUUAUCAGUACUGUGGCACUGAUUUUCAUUACUUGGCAUAUUUACGGCCCUCGAAUUUCGGAGCGGUUUAUGGAACCAAAAUCUGUAUCAGAGGAUUUUGAUUCUUCAUCUGGAGAAUAAAAUAAUUAUUUUAAAGAAAUAGAGAAAUAAUUAACAAAUAUGACAGAAAAAAUCAAAUCAUUCUUUCAAAAGAAAAAGGCAGAUGUAAAAUUUAUGAAUGCUGGAAAAGGAUACAAGUUAACAGAAUCAACUAAUAUUGGUACAUCCACUCCAAUAGUAGCGCCGAGAAAAAGAGUCGAACCAUCAAGUGAAGCUAAAACAGCUGGUCAAGCUACUUUGGCAAGACUACAAGCAAAAGAAACUAAUACAGCUAAAUUUAACACAUCAUAUGCAGCUAUUAAGGCACAGGUGAAGAAGGAAUUAGAAAAAGAAAAGGAAGCACAGCAAAAAAUGCAAAAGAGUAAAGCACAACCAAAAGAAGAAACUGAGGAUACGGUCAAGGACAGUUCACAGUUAGCUGUUUCUAAUGUGUAUUUCCAAUGCCCUUAUUUAUCCAAUGAAGUAUUAUCACAGGAAGAUUGGAAGAAAAAGAUAAGAGAAUUUUUGUACGAACAAUUACAAGAGGAAGAAGCAGGUUUAACAGCUUGCUUAAUUAUUCAAAAUUGCAAUACCGGCAGGGAAAAGAUCGAGAGUUGCGUCGAAACUCUUGGAAAAUAUUUAGAUAACAUCAUAAAGAAUCCAGAGGAAGAGAAAUAUAGAAAGAUUAGAAUACAUAAUCGAAUAUUUCAGGAUAAAGUGCUCCCAAUCGAAGGAGCUGUAGAAUUUUUAAACGCUGUUGGUUUUUGGCCGAAAAAAUUACUGCAUAAUGAUGUAGAGGAAGAUUUCUUAGUCUGGAAUCCAGAAAACUGUAACCUUGAAAAUGUUGAAAAAUUAGCUGAUGCGUUAAAAACUGCAGAAAUUAUACCACUUGAAUUAGAUAGAAAUCUUCAAGUCUUAUUACCUACGCAAGCAAGUAAGAGAACCGAAUUGCCUCCAAAUUUCUACAGUCUAACUCCCGAGGAAAUAAAAAGAGAACAGCAACUUCGAACUGAAGCUGUUGAAAAGAAUCAAAUGUUGAGGACAAAAGCUAUGAGGGAAAGGGAUGAAAAGCAGAGACUUAGAAAGUAUAAGUAUUCCCUGAUUCGUAUUAAAUUUCCAGACGAUCUUAUCCUACAAGGAACGUUCUUGGUUCACGAAAAAUUUCAAAAUGUUGUUAAUUUUGUUAGCGAGAACUUAAUCAAAGCAGAAAGACCUUUCUCUUUAAAGAAAUUAGCUGGGCCAACGUUUAAUCAAGAUUCCUUUGAUAAAACGUUAUUAGAGUUGGAAUUAUUUCCCGCUGCUCUUCUGGUAUUUUUCUGGCAGCAUACAGCAGAUACCGAAUCUGCGGGAUAUUUGAAAGAAGAAUUACUUGGUCUUAUUCAGUCUGUUUGAAACUGCAGCUUUAAUCUAUUAUAAAUACUGAAAAGGUGGAAAAAAGAAAUUUUCUAGUGGGACCUAUUUAUGUUGAAGUACUGUUAUAACAGUAACAUUCAUUUCAGUCAUUAAAAUCAAUCAUGUAAAAAUAUCAGAAAGGAAUAUACAAGAUUUCAGAAUUUAU